AUGCCGCUUCCAGAACCCGGGGACGGUCAUACACACGAUGAUAUCACAUGGCUGGGUAUUGGUCUAGCUAUUGCAAGUAAUGGCCUGAUAUCUGCAUCUCUUAACAUCCAAAAGUAUGCACACAUGAAAAACGAGGCUCUUGGUGCGGCCAGGAAGCCAUACACAUCACUUCCGAUCUGGUGGUUUGGACUAGCUUUGAAUGCUUUCGGAGAGGUGGGGAAUCUGAUAGCUUAUGGUUAUGCUGAGGCAACAGUUGUCACACCCAUUGGCGCUGUGGGUGUCAUUUUUGGAGCGAUCAUCGCCACUUUUGUGCUUAAGGAGCCAUUUUCCAAAACUGAUUUCGUUGGCUUUUUAUUCGUUGUUGGAGGAGUGGUCCUGAUAGUGUACAGUAAGGGAACAGAAGCUGUGAUAGAGCCAACCGUGGAAGAGGCUAUUCGUGAUUACUUUGGAACGAUACAAGCAAUCGUGUAUUUUAUCGCUAUCAUCUCUUGUACAUUACUUCUUUUAUCAGUUGCUGAGAAAUAUGGCAAGACUUAUGUCAUCGUCUACCCUCUCUUGUGCUCCAUGAUUGCAUCUUGGACUGUUCUUGGUUGCAAGUCCUUCAUGGCAUUUUUCCGCUUGACAGUUGAAAAGGGUAGGAAUCAAUUCUCGCAGUUCCCGCAGGCUCUGUUCCCAUUUUUGGUUCUCUUGGUCAUUAUUGUAUGUGCUGUAUGGUCUGUACAUUAUCUGCAAAUGGCAAUGCGAUUUCAUGAUAACAACAAGGUCAUUCCUACUUAUUAUGCCACUUUCACUUUGGCGUGUAUCAUUGGUGCUGCAAUCGUUUACCGAGAAUUCGAAGGAGCGUCGAUGGGUGCCAUUCUACUCUUCACGCUAGGUACAUGGCUGAAAUUUGCAUGCUGUGCACCCGCUGCAUGCUGA